AUGUUGCUGUUCAACUACAUCUCCGCCUUUCUGGCCUUCUUCAUCAUGGCCAUCCCAGUCUGCGCCAAGAAAGGAUCCUGCGACAAGUGCAGCCACGAGGGCGAGGUCAAGUGUGGACGCUUCUCAAUUGGCAGUGGCGAGAGGGGUACUCAAGUCUGUCACAACGGCUGCUGGACCUUAAACAGCCUCCUCUGCAAAUACAACGAAGUCUGUCGCGAUCGGCCAAGCCUUCACUGCAUUGCCAAAGCUGAGGCUUGCGCUGGAUGUCACGAGUUCUUCGAACAUUGCACCGAAGACUUCUGGAGCAUUUGCGACAUGGACUGCCAGGUUGCCUGCGCUCGGAAGACCUGUGCGUUUGAUAGUGGCAGGUGCGACUUUGACUGUAAGAUGGAUAUCUGCACUAUGUGA